AUGGAGUUUCCUCCAAACCUUUUGCCAGACGAGGCAAGCCCAAGAUGGUUAAACAAAGGAGACAAUGCGUGGCAGUUAAUGGCAGCGACAGUGGUGGGUCUCCAAAGUAUUCCGGGGCUGGUUAUUCUCUACGGAAGCCUUGUGAAGAAAACAUGGGCCAUUAACUCCGCUUUCAUGGCCUUCUAUGCCUUCGCGGCUGUUCUUCUCUGCUGGGUCGCGUGGGGUUUCCGUAUGUCGUUCGGCGAGAAAAUGGUGUUCUUCUUGGGGAAACCAGGGGCGGCGCUGGACGAGGAGUUUCUCCUGGGGCAAGCGUUUGUGGGGCUCUUUCCCACCGCUACCAUGGUGUUUUUUCAGGGUGUGUUUGCGGGGAUUACUUUGAUCCUCAUAGCUGGGGCGUUACUCGGGAGAAUGAACAUUCUUGCUUGGAUGCUGUUUGUGCCGCUUUGGGUUACUUGUUCAUACACGGUCACUGCGUUUAGCAUUUGGUGCCCCGAAGGGUGGUUGGCGAAGCUUGGGCUUAUUGAUUUCUCUGGAGGAUAUGUUAUUCACCUCUCUGCUGGAGUUGCUGGUUUCACUGCAGCUUAUUGGGUGGGUCCAAGAUGUGAGAAGGAGAGAGAAAGGUUUCCAUCAAACAACUUGAUUGUAGUGCUUGCAGGCGCAGGCCUGCUAUGGAUGGGUUGGAGUGGGUUCAACGGUGGAGGUCCGUUCGUGGUGAGCACGGUGGCAUCUCUGGCCGUCCUCAACACACACGUGUGCGCUGCUGCCAGCAUCAUGGUGUGGGUCCUUCUUGACACUUUCUACUUUGGUAAGCCCACCGUGUUUGGCGCCGUACAAGGCAUGAUCACCGGCCUCGUUUGCAUCACACCUGCUGCAGGAGUUGUGCAAGGGUGGGCAGCGAUCUUGAUGGGUUUGAUCUCAGGAAGCGUUCCCUGGUACACAAUGAUGGUCCUCCAUCACAAGCUACCUUUCUUGAACCAAAUCGACGACCCCAUGGCGGUGUUCCACACCCACGCCGUCGCCGGCGCUCUCGGCGGCAUCCUCACCGGCCUCUUCGCCGUUCCUAAACUCUGCCGUCUCUUCUACAUGGUCCCCGAUUGGGAAAAAUACAUUGGCCUAGUCUAUGGCCUCCAGAACGGUGCAACCGGAGCCGGUUUAAGACAAAUGGGCAUCCAAAUCGGGGCCAUAGUUUUCGUGAUCAUCUUCAACUUCGUUACGACGAGCUUGAUUUGCUUGUUGGUGGGGGCCAUAGUACCUCUCAGGCUUCACACCGAUUCGUUGCAAUUGGGUGACAAGGUAUUGCAUGGAGAAGAGGCUUUCGCUUUGAAUGACGAGCCUGCCAAGUUUGAGAACCUGAAGCACAAUGAAGUUUAUGAUACUCAAGAAUUUUCCUUCGUCAGAGACCCCAGGGCACUAAGCCAGCUUCAAAUGGUAUAA